AUGGCGCAAACUCCACCAUUGGCAAGGGCAACAUAUGUUUCCUCUCUCUCUAUAUCUCUCGCCCUCUCUCUCUCCCCUAAACUCAGCCAUGGCAAUCUAUCUGCCCUCACCAUUGACGAUUCUAUCAUCGCUCACCCAAAUAUCUACCUAAACUCAGCCAUGGAGGUCCACGGUAUUGGCGCCAUUCUUGAUUACACUAUCAAUGGUGGUGACUUCUUCGCACCACCGGUGGUUGUGCCAUUUUUUCCGACCGGGAAAAUCAUAGGUAGCCGGAGGUCUGAUGUAGCAUGCAUGUGCACUGAGUUUCUAAUGAUUUUCUCGAUUGUUUGUGCUGUUUUUGCAUUCAAGAUUCUUAGAAACCCUCUUGCUCGUUGAUGGGUUUGUUCACAAAUCAAUGAUUGUGGCUGUUUUUGUUCUGCAAAGGUAGUCUAAGCACCAUUAGAUGAAAGGAAAGAUGAGUAUGGGGUUUUUUUUUGUUAUUGGGUUGGGUCAUUGUUAACAGUACCGGCUAUUCUUCUUGAAUAUGGGGCUAUUUUGUUUUUAUUUUCUGCAUUAGUCUGUGAUUUUAGAAUGCAAAAAAU